CCCGGUCUACUUCACCUGCCGAACUGUCCGCAGUGGAGAGAGAGCUGGUGUAGCAGUUCAAGUGGAUGACUUCAGUAGCUAGUGGAGGCUUGGCCAGAGAGAAGUGGAGCCGAGGCGAUCAUGACCUCCCUACCGUGAGAAACGGGCACGGGGUGGAAGGACUUGGGCAACUGAGUGUCAUGAGCUCACGUGAGGUCCUAGAAUCCCCUCUCUUUAGCGAGGAGGAGGGCGAGGGCAAGGACCCGCGGGAGUCGGACAUGGACAGCGCCGUGGAAAGCACCCCUGGAUCAGAAAUAUCAGAUGGAGGAAGAGCUGGAGACAAAGAGGAGGGCCUAGGACUUUUCCUACCCGGGGAGAAAUACGGUCAGAUGAACAUGAACCCGUCGGUGACCUCUGACCUUUCCACGCGCUCCUCCGCCUCUCUAAACGAAGAGCAGUUUGAGGACUAUGGAGAGGGGGACGAUGUGGAGUUCACUCCCAGCAGCCCGUGUCUGGAUGAUGAGGCGCGGACCAAUGGUUACUCAGACCUCGGAUCCUCUGUGUCCUCCAGCGCCGGUCAAACCCCACGCAAGGUGCGAACCGUGUAUAACAACGAGAUGAUGGACGUGUACUGCUCUCACUGCUGUAAAAAAGUCAGUCUGCUCAAUGACCUGGAGGCCAGACUGAAGAACCUCAAAGCCAACAGCCCAAACAGAAAAAUCUCCAGCACUGCCUUUGGAAGGCAGCUGCUCCACCACAGCAACAUCAGCAGCAGUAACGGCAGCACAGAGGACCUGUUCAGAGACAGCAUUGACUCCUGUGAUGUGGAUAUUACAGAGAAGGUGAGUCACUUGGAGAAGAAAGUGACCGAGCUUGAAAAUGAAUAUCUGAUGAGUGGAGAUGUGAAGUCUAAGCUGAAGCAGGAGAACACACAGCUAGUUCACAGGGUUCAUGAACUGGAGGAGCAGCUGAAGGACCAGGAGGCCCGAGCAGAGCAGAACAUGGAGGCGGAGUUGAGGAGACACAGAGAGGCCUACAGCAGGAUGGAGAGAGAGAAAAACGUAGAAAUCGAGCUACUCAACAGCCGAGUGCAGCAGCUAGAAGAGGAGAAUAGGGAAAUGACCAUUCACCUGAACAGACUGAAAUGUCAAACAGAGAAACUGGAUGAAGAAAAACAGCGCAUGACAGAUAAAUUGGAGGACACCAGCUUGCGACUGAAGGAUGAAAUGGAUCUCUACAGGAAGAUGAUGGACAAGCUGCGGCAGAACAGGCAGGAGUUCCAAAAAGAGAGGGAGGCAAUGCAGGAGCUGAUUGAAGACUUGAGGAGAGAACUGGAACAUCUCCAGCUGUAUAAGCUGGAGACGGAGAGGUCAGGAUGCGGCCGAUUUCCCUCCACCGGCACGUCAGAGAUCAGCGCUAAGACCCGGGAGUCCGAGCUGGAGCAGGAAGUCAAGAGGCUCAAACAGGAAAACCAGAAGUUACGAGAACAGAACGAGGAGCUGAACGGCCAGAUUCUCAGCUUGAGUCUCCACGAGGCUAAGAACCUUUUUGCUACCCAGACAAAAGCACAGUCGUUGGCCGCGGAGAUUGACAGCGCUUCCCGUGAUGAGUUAAUGGAUGCCCUGAAAGAACAAGAAGAGAUCAACUUUCGUCUCAGGCAAUACAUGGACAAGAUUAUAUUAUCCAUUUUGGACCAUAACCCUUCCAUUCUGGAAAUCAAAAAUUAAAAAAACAACAACAAAAAAACACACACACACACACAGAUGGGACGAACAAGGCAGUCGUUACACUGAAUAUAUAGCUCCCCCUGCUGCCCUGGGGAUGAACUGCGUACUUUCUGGAACGUUGGGAGGCCCGCCUUGACAUGACAUGACAUUUCUGAAUAUUACUGUGUCAGUGAACUCUGUAUGCACUUUUUGAGGAAAGAGACACUUUUGUCAUUGUUGCUGCUGUUCAGUUCAUGGGAUUCCUAACUGGAAAGGCAUUAUAUGCGUUUAAACAUGCAGGCUAGACUGAGGAUGUCUAACACUGAGUAUGCAUGCUGUUCCUAGGUUACUGGGUAGUGCGUGCACUACACCAAGGUAUAUUUGCACAAAGAAGGGCAUAAAAAGGGAUUUAAGAAACAAACAUACAAAAAGAUUGAAUUCUUUAUGUAUCGCAGCUCCAUAACUAGGUGCUUCAUACAGUCGGUUUAUAGAGAGACAGGGUGGCCAGUUAUCCAUUCUCUGUGAAAAGCAAGAUGAUCUGGUGCGACGUGAGUUGGUUUGCGUGUGUACCGUAUGUGGGGGGGAGCUCAAUGCAAGUUUGGCUGAGACGUUUCUCGGGUUCGUUAAACUGGAAAGGAAAGAAAAGGAAAGAAGAGAGAGAAGCUGUUGUUUCCAGAGUUGAAAAAAAAAAAAAAGCAUGCCUCAUUAAGUCCAUUUUGAGAGCCACAAGAUCAUCUUGUUUUGACACAGAUAUAAUAAACCAUGCUUAUACACAAAUUAAUAGCAUCUGCCAGUGAAAUGGUUCAGUUAAAAAAAAACACAACACAACAACUUGUAAAAAACGACCUACAAUCAGAACCAUUAAGGGAAUUUUUUUGUUUUUGUUCUGUUUUGUUUUUUGUUUUUCUGAACUGGAAUCAAUAGAACUGGAAAAAGAGAUUUAUACAGUGUUAUGCAGUUAAGCCUAAACCAUUCAGGAAGCCAGUUGAAAGCAUGAUGGAGACACAGUAAGUUGAACAGUUAUGGGCGUAGAUUCCAGUGCACAGGCACAUGAAUGUACUGUUUAUGUGAACGUAAAAAAAAAAGAAAACAAAACAAAACCAAUAGCUUUGCAUUUGUAUAUUUAUAGUUGAGUCUACGUACAAUAAUUUAAAAAAAUGCUUGUAACUCUAAACAUUUUGUGUUUGCACAGUCAUACUGUAAAUGGCCAUGGUUAUAAGGGCUGUUAAAAAAAGGGAAAACUAUACUGAAUGGGUUCACAAGCUUAUUUUCUGUUGUCUCCAUCUGGAGUUACGGUUUGUUUUCCUAUAGUUCAUUCAGUUGCGGGGAUGGGAAUAUUUGCCAAGUUGCUAUGCUAGCUCUAUCUGGUGUUGCUAUAGCAAUUCUCAAGAUAUGCUGUUCUGAUCUUUUGAUCUGAUGGGUCUCCUUUUGCACUCAUUAACAGAAAAAAGUCCUGUUCUCUGCAUUUCACGAAUGUGGCGGGAUUUCAGUUCAUCUAACUGUGAUUAAUAUCCGAAACAUUUAAAAAAACAAACAAACAAAAAAAAAACCAAUCUAGUGAAAAUGGAGAUAUGAAUAUGUGCCCUGACAAAUUUCAGAUCCUAGUUUUGCUGCCUGAAUGUUGUUCUUCAUGUGGCUAUGUAGUACUUGAGCCUUUUCAUCACUUGAAUUGUUUGUAAAAAUGGCACAAAUCAUUUUUUUUUUUAGAAUUUGUUUUUCUUUAAUCAGUAUCUGCACAUUAUUUUCUUGUAAAUGUUGUACACAUUUAGUCACUUGUAUUCAAUGUGCCACUUAUCACUUUUACAUAAGCUUUAGUCUUUUAUACAGUGUCUCACAAAAUGGGAAGAUACCUUUACUACACUUGUAUCUUUGUAUAGUUGUAUGGUUGAGGGAACACAUUUUUGUAAGUUCAUUUUUGUUAUUAUCAUUUCCAGGGUUUUUCCCAUUACUUCUUACUGGUACUCUCUGCAAACUCAUCACCCAGAACUCAUCUCAGCUGCUGGUUUAUGACACUGCUACACCGCCUGUGUCUCUCAGAUUUUUUUUUUUUUCUCUUUUUGAAUGACAUUAGACAGAGGUUCUGGUGUCUCUUGCACUUUUAAUUUUCUUUUCUUGGUCCCUUGCUUAAGAUGGUCAUCAAAGUUUGACCAACUCACAUUUAGAUUUUGGUACAGUUCAAAGAUGCCCUCAUAAAAGAGAGAGAGAGAGAGAGAGAGAGAGAGAGACUGCGUCAGAAAUACUGUUGCUUUGUUAUCUACAGACACUGUUUUUAAUAAGGCAUAUUCAUCUCUAGUGGAUGGUGUAGGGUCUUGUAUGUAUGGCAAGAAUAUCCACUUUUCAUGGAUCCAGACAGGUUUGUUUUUCUAAGACAAUUUUACAGAUCUGUCCUAAAUACAUUUCAGCAGUGGUGUGAAUCUCAAAGCAGUAAACCAAACACCGCAGAAUGUGAUGUUUUCAGAUAUGUUUUUUUUUUUUGUCUUUCUUUCUUGAAUCUUAACAGAACUCCUCAAAAAAUGAGAUUCUCAUUUCUUUUUCGAAGUGAUUUUGAUGUACUCAUUGAACUGUAUCAUAAGAUUUCCUUAAGCGUAACAAAAACAUAAUAAGACACCUCUUUCAUGAGUUUUGAAAUAAAUUGUGAAGAACA